UCUGUUUCUUUUUUGUGUUAAAUGAUUAAAAAAUCAACACCUUCUUUCCAUUUAAAUCAUGUAAAUAGUUAAGACUCAUGCUGUAGCUAAGCUGAUUCUUUCUCCGUUUUAAAAAUAGAAAAUGCUGGAGCAGUCCUUCCCUUCCCCCACCCUAUAGUCACUAGUCCAAGCUAGUAAAUGUUACUGAAUGGAUUUCAGUGUUGUAGCCAUUCUACAGUAAGUACAGCAAGAUCCUUUGUGAAAAAGAGAAAGGAGGAAAAAAGGUUGUAGAAAUCAUUUGUGGAUGUUCGUCAGACCAGAGUACCUGCACCAAUGACAGACAGGCUUUCCUCGAGAAACAAAUCAUGACAACAAACACUGCUGCUCAGAGGAGCCAGAAUCUCUCCAAAAGACGCCUAGAAAGUGUAGGGGAGUGUCCUGCAAAACGGAAAGCUAGCUGGGGUAUUCUGACCAGCCAAGGUUCUUGGGCAGAUCGCUCACCUCUGCAUGAAGCAGCCAGUCAAGGACGUCUCCUUUCUCUAAAGACUUUAUUGUCACAGGGGUACAAUGUGGACACACUAACAAUUGACCAAGUAACUCCACUCCAUGAAGCCUGCCUGGGAGAUCAUGUAGGAUGUGCAAGAAUCCUCCUUGAAGCAGGAGCAAAUGUAAAUGCUACAACAAUUGAUGGAGUGACACCGUUAUUUAAUGCCUGUUCGAGGGGCAGUGCAGCAUGUGCUGAGCUCCUGUUACAGUACGGUGCCAAAGCUCAGUGGGAGUCCUGUCUGCCAUCACCAACACAUGAAGCAGCCAGCAGAGGUCACAGUGAUUGUCUGGAGGUACUGAUAUCCUGGGGUAUAGACGUUGACCAAGAUCUUCCUCAUUUAGGAACACCUCUGUAUGUAGCUUGUGUUUCACAGCAGAUCCAUUGCAUUCGGAAGCUUCUUUAUGCAGGUGCCAACGUGCAGAAAGGAAAGCAUUUGCAAACUCCACUCCAUGCUGCUGCCCAGCAUUCUAGUACAGAGAUUGUAAACUUACUCCUUGAAUUUGGGGCAGACAUAAAUGCCAAAAAUUCAGAUUUUGAGAGGCCUGUUGAUUUAGCUGCCCCAAGCAGUUUAGUGGAGAGACUGCUGCUCUUCCACGAAGCCACACCAUCUUCUCUUUGUCAGCUCUGCCGACUAUGUAUCCGAAAUUACAUAGGAAGAGCUAGACUGCAUCUUGUUCCACAACUCCAGUUGCCGACAAUACUUAAGAAUUUCUUACAGUACAGAUAACAUAGUAAAAAUUGUUAGAAACUUAAAUAUAGCGAGUACAUUUUCUUCUGUUUAUUGUACAUUUUAUCUAAAGAACUGCUGGGCGGAAAAAAAGCCUUUUGCAUAUUGCUUAAAAAACCUGUAUCUUUGACACCUGGUGUUGGUCAUGUAAUAGCAAUUGGGAGCCAUUCAGCAACUAGUGCCAAGGUGCUAAUCCAGCUGAAUUGAAUAAGUGUGCUGAUACUCGGGACAUGAUUGUAUAACUUUAUCUUAACUCUUAAUAGCUUUAGUGCUGUUACCUUUAAUUGUGUUUUUGUUUUAAAAUCUGUUCUACACACCGGAACCACAAAGAGUUUCUUCAUUAUUAUUUGUUAAGUUUGUCCAUUCUGAGUCAAUAUUUUAUGUAUUUUUAAAUUUCUGUUUUUCGUGUACCUAAAAACACUUGGUAAUUGGUGCACUAUAUGCAUUGAUAAAAAUAAAACAAUUAGAC